AUGAAGUUCUCGUCCUUCGCCUCCGGCCUCUUGGCCCUCGGCGCCUCCCUCGCGAGCGCCGCAGAGGUCGUCAAGCGUGCUUCGCUCCAGCAGGUCGCCAACUUCGGCUCUAACCCCUCUGGCGUCAAGAUGUACCUCUAUGUCCCCAACAAACUCGCUACCAAGCCCGCCAUCAUUGUCGCCAUUCACUACUGCAGCGGCACCGCUCAGGCCUUCUACCAGGGCACUCAGUAUGCCCAGUUGGCUGAGAAAUAUGGCUACAUUGUUAUCUACCCCGAAUCUCCCUACAAAGGCACUUGCUGGGAUGUCUCAUCACCGGCCUCUCUCACCCACAACGGUGGAGGCAACAGCAACUCCAUUGCCAACAUGGUUACUUAUACCAUCAAGCAGUACGGUGCCGACGCCAGCAAGGUCUUCGUCACCGGUACCAGCUCCGGCGCUAUGAUGACCAACGUCAUGGCCGCUACCUACCCGGAGCUCUUCGCGGCGGCGUCCGUGUACUCUGGCAUUAGUGCCGGCUGUUUUGCGACGGGCACCGUCAAUGGCUGGAACUCGACCUGCUCGCAGGGCCACUCCAUCCACAGCCAGCAGGAAUGGGCCAACGUGGUCUUUAACAUGUAUCCAGGCUACGAGGGCCCUCGCCCGAGGAUGAUGAUCCAUCACGGCUCCGCCGACACUACCCUCUACCCGCAAAACUUCAACGAGACACUCAAGCAGUGGGCCGGUGUCUUCGGCUACACGUACGGCCAGCCCCAGCAGACUCUCUCUAACCAGCCUGCUUCGGGUUGGACCAAGUACGUUUACGGCCCCAAUCUAGUUGGUGCAUACGGAACUGGCAUCACACAUGCCACUCCCAUGUUUCCUCAAGAUGAUCUCGAGUGGUUCGGUAUUACUGGCAACAACAACGCCUCGCCUAGCAAAGCUGCUCCUCCUGCUACCACUCAUGCUGCUGCGGUUGCUGCUCCUACUACCACGCUUCUUGCCUGUGUCAGGCCUUCGACUGCUCCGGCGACCCCUAGCUCUGCUGCCCCUGCUGCCCCUGCUGCCCCUGCUAGCAAGGGUGGGUGCACCGUCCAGCGUUGGGGCCAGUGCGGAGGCAAUGGAUAUACUGGCUGCACUGCUUGCGCCAGCUCUACUACUUGCAAGAAGAUGAACGAUUGGUACUCUCAGUGCGUGUAA